GGAAACCCCAUUGCUGACCAGCGGGGGGAUCUAGGAAAUACUGGGUGCUGGGAUUUGCAUCACACCCUAUGCUGAGAUGGGCUUUGGGAAAGAAGCUCUAUGGGGGGUGCCCACCUUUGGGGGUCUCCUUCCUACUUUGCUUGUCUCUCUCUCUUCCUAUUAUGAACUACAUUGCCACUCUUUCCCUACCAACCCUGAUCCCAUUGCUCCAGUGCCAACCAGGUGGGUAGUAUAAGGAUUCAGGGCAAUAAGGGGAAAGGAAAGGAAGGAAAAAGAAACCCCCAUCUUCCCUCCUCUGGCCCUAGUGGUGGUCUUAUUAGCUGUCUCCUUCACCUACAAUCUUUGGGCCAUUCUCUGUCACCUAUUGUAAAUCCCCUAGUCCCCAGAAACUGGACCUAAAUAUUCUUUUGAAAUAAAGAGGAUUCUGACUACAAUCUUCUAUGGAUUCCAGGGUCCUCCUUUGACAUCUGUGUCUGCUAUUGCUUUUACAAACGAAUCCAAGUAUAAAAAUCGACACUGUUGUGUAUAUAUGUUGGGAGAGAUGAGUGGAGAUGAUUACGUUUAUUCUGUUUCUCAUAUUUCAAAAAUCUUUAGAGAGUUUCCAAAAGGAUAAACUGAAUGUCCAUGAGGAUGACCAAACACCCUUGCCUCUCAGUUCCUUGCCUUCCUCAUUACCAAUGACCUUUUGUCUACACUAUCACAAAGCCACCCACUCCCUGCAACUGCUCUAUUUUUAAGAUAAUCAGUCAAUCAUUCUGUCUCCAAGCAGCACCUCCUACCUUUCCAGCCAACUGGUUCCAUCUUUCUUCAAGUUCAUCAGUGCUUCCUCCCUAGGAGUCCCCUUCUAGUCUCUUUCCUCCGUAUGUCCCUCUGAUACCAUGGUUCAUCAUUUGGGGCAGUCUUUCACAAAUAUCUUAACUUCCUUUGCUCCUUCAUCUAUCUGUGAUAUCUCCCUGGCAUAAAAAAAAAAAAAAGCAUUAACUUGAAACAAAGCUUACUCCCCAACUCCCCCAUUCUUCUCCUAAAUAGCCAAAUGCUAUUACUAGAGAAAACCAUACAUCCAUCAGACAGGUCUCUUGGCAAAUUCAAGAUCACCCAUCUCAAGAGGCUCUCAACUCUCCCAGCAUCAAAAAAUACUUGUAGAGUCGGGAAAUAUCCACGGAAGGUGCUCUGGGAAUUCUGAAAUGAAUGGACUGCGUGGAGGUAGAGAAACAAACAAAGAGACAAAGCUAAUAGAUGAGGGCAGAAGGGAACCAAAUGGGAAGAGUAAUUUGGAAGCAAAAGGAAGACAGGAUUUCAACAAGGCUUGACUGCCAUUCCCUCUUGUGAGUAAAACUCUUAUUUUUAAGACUUAUUGGGUGGCUGUACAAGACAGCCUGUCUAGUUCCACCCUGUUGAUGACAACUCUCUUAUAGAUGAAGAAGCAGAUCAUCCUGGAGAUUGUUGGUGUGUGCAACUGUGCUGGGAGAAGGCAGGGUUUCGUUUCCUCAUCUGGCACAAAGGAAUCCUUCCUACUUUCCCCAGGAGGACAUUGGGAGGAAAUGGAUUGGUGGGAAGCAAAAGGAUUAUUUCAGUAGUAAUGACUGCAGGAGGUCAAGGCAAGGCUGAGGCUGUUCUCAAUAAGAAUCAUUGUGACUAAAGACAACGGCUAGUGGGAAUUUUUUUUCUUUGUUUGCUUUUAUUUUUUGAUGCUAGACAGCUGGAAUGCCAAGGGCAGUUCUGUGCCAAGCCACAAAAAGACUGAAAGCCCAGGACUUCCCCUCGGACAAUAGCUUCCAUUUUAGCUUCGGGCAAGAGUAAAAUCUGUCCUAAGAUAGUUUAGGAACUUCCUGUUGGCUCACAUUUCAAGCAGCUUGUAUUUAAUUUUCACCUUGCCACUCAGAGCUCAGAGUGAACAGGAGACCCAGGGACAGGGUACUUUGCUGAGAACUGACCAGCGACCGCCUGGCUAGAAAUGCUAGGAGAACAGACAGCCAUAAUGGAACCCAAACCUCAGAAGAGCCCAGGCAAACAAUUUACAUUUUAUUAUGAAAAUGAAGUCUGCAAACAAGAUUACUUUAUUAAAUCACCACCUCCUCAGCUUUUCUUCUCUGCUUCUUCUUGGAAAAAGCGGUUUUUCAUUCUGUCAAAGAGUGGGGGAAGGAGACUUCACGUCUCCUAUUACAAAGACGAACAUCGCCGAGGUUCCAUUGAAAUUGACCGAAACUCCAGUGUAGAAGUUGGCAUAAGUAGCCAUGAAAAAAUGCAAUCUGUAUGUAAGAUGUUCAAAUGCCACCCUGAUGAGGUGAUGUCCAUCAGAACCACUAACAGGGAAUAUUUCCUCAUUGGCCAUGACAGGGAGAAGAUUAAAGAGUGGGUCUCCUUCAUGUUAUCAUUUUGCUGGGACGCCAAAGCAGCACGCCAGAACACAGAGCAGGAGAAAUUCCCCCUGGGUGGUAAAAGGCCUUCUUCAGACCCCAGUCCUCUCCUUGGUCCUUCCAGCGCGUCAGAGGCUGUCAGCCCCACCCCACCAAGAAAUAGUCUUCCAGACAUGCAUUUAAUGGAAAACAAUUCUCCAGGACUCAGACAAGCUCAUCUGCCACACGAUUUCUUGUCAGAGACUACUGAAGAGACAGAAGAAGAGAGUCAUUAUGUUAGUCCUCAAAGUAUCCUUUCACAGUUGGAUGAUCUUAAUGCUUCCAAUGAUCCUGGUCAACCUGCUGAGCCUGAUAGUCCAGAACAGUUCUCGGAGACAAAUGAACAUCAUUACAUGCCAAUGAAAUCCUGUUUUUUCAGAGAGACAUCCCACAAGUCUGCUGAUAGCAAAGAGGGAUCCCAGGCCCUUCCAGAGAUCCAGAACGGGGGGCUUCACUUGCAAGAACAAGGCUCACAAAGUGACUCUUGUCUUCCACCUGCCAAUAUGGAAGCACAGACCAUGAAUGACAAAAAGGGGUUGGCCUCACUUACUGUUGUGCAAUUAUCUAUACUAAUCAAUAACAUCCCUGAUGAAAGCCAAGUGGAGAAACUGAAUGUGUUCCUUUCUCCUUCUGACGUCAUAAAUUAUCUUAGUCUCAUGGAAGCUGCGGGACGGAUAUGUGUGGCUCAGUGGCAAGGCCCCCCGCACCUGGGAUGUUUAUUUUUUCACGGAGAUCACAUCUUGGCUGUGAAUGACCUGAUGCCCCAGGGCCUGGAGGAGGCUUCCUUGUUUCUCAGUCGGUCUGUCCAGAAGGAGAAAAUAAAACUCACCAUCGGCCGGAUCCCAAAUUCAGAGAAAUUCCAUGCUGUCGCCUGUACGUGCCCCUUAAAAUACAAAGGUGUUGUACCUUGUCGACUGGGUGAGCCUAGACUGGAGAAGACCCUGAAGAGGAGUCCAGCCAUUAAAAAGGGUCAACACCAACGAACUGGAGAGUCACACGCCAGGACCCACUGCUGAGGAGCAAGGGUGGGCCCUAGACUCUGCUGGGGCCCUGCCUCUGCCUCUCACCGCCGUGUGAGAUAACGCACAUCAGCACACCUCUCUGAUUUUCCGUACCUACCCCUUAACGGCGGGGAAAACGAUCGCCUCUCCGGCUAUUCAUCAGGGAUGCUGAGAGGGUCGAGGGGGAUAAUGACUGUGGAACGCAGAGAAAAUGUAAGGCCUUGUUAGCUCAGACGUUGUCCCACACACCACAGAGAUUGUUAAGUCCCUCAUCUGAAAUGCACUGUGUGUUCUCUGAGGUCAUGGUCCGCACAAUCGCUUCUUUGUUAGGGAACAUACGGUUGGAAACACUCAUUCCAGGAAUGCCAGAUUCCCGAGAGACGUGAUACCAUAUCAGCCUUCCCAAACACCUCCCCCCCUAUUCAUCACACCCACCCACGGUCCAAAAUGCUGAGGCAGGGUGGCCCCUUGGCUUCAAUAAUCAUCUGGUUUUCUUAAAGACCCAGAAACUAUUCUAGAAGUUGAAGCGGUUUUAGGUCGCCUACAGCAAAGGUCUGUUUUCUCUACAAGUAAUAAGGCAACAACGUAGCACUUCUACGUUUGAAAGGUCGUAACUGAUUGGCGCAUUAACUAAUUGAUCCUACAAGGCCAAAAACGUCAAAUCUUUUUUCAUAAGUGGGAAGACAAAGGCAGCGAAAGGACUAAUCGAAUCCGGGAACGUUCGAGCAAAAGGAGGCUUCAGAAAAUAUAUCUCACUAUGCUGUCAUUUUUGUGCAGGAAGACGUCAAGGCCCCAAACGUUUAAUACAAACAACCAAAACAGAAGCAGACUCAUACGUACAGCGAACAAAAUGGUGGCUGCAGAGUGGAGGCGAUGGGGGGGACAGGCAAAGUAGGUGAAGGAGAUUAAGAGGUACAACCCUCCAGUUAUAAAAUAGGGAAUGAAAAAUCCAGCAUGGGGAAUAUAGUCAAUAACAUUGCAAUAACAUUGCAUGAUGUCAGAUGGUGACUCCAUUUAUGUGGUACGCAUGGCAUAAUGUAUAGAACUGUGGAAUCACUAGGUUGGACACCUGCAACUCAUAUAACAUGCUAUGCUUUAAAAAAUAAUAAUAGUAACAAUAUACUUCCUUUGUAGUUCCCAGUUUCAUAGCUGUUUAGUGACAGACCAAGAAUCUAAAACCAGCUCUGAGAAACAGAUGUCCUGCUCCUCACUUUGUAUUUGGAUUUAGGUUUGAAAAGACCUUGUGCAGAUAGAAGAAACAUUCAAAUACAGUUCAUUUUCUGUCUUCCAGAUUGUACAGAACAUAUACAAAUUUUUAGUUUACUGUUCCUUUUUUUAAAAAAAUGUUUUAAUUCUUAUUAUUUUUGAGAGGGAGACAGAGACAGAGAGCAAGCAGGGGAGGGGCAGAGAGAGAGGGAGACCCAGCAUUGAAAGCAGGCUCC